UUGACAUUUGACAAUUCACAUUGUUUUGAUUGUGUUUAUCGAUUAAAUUCUCGUGUUUUUUUGUAAAACAAUAGUUAAUUAUAAUGGUUUUGUAAGAUAACAAACCAGUAACUGUUCACCAUGGAGAGGGUUUAUGCGCUCGGCGUGUCCGUUAUCGAAUUCGUCCAAGAAUGGUGCAUAGACUAUCAAGACUACUUUGAGAUAGUGAAUGACAUAUCAAACCCUCACCACAUGGUGGAAACACUGUUCCCGCUUGUUUCUAUUGUGGAUUCUGUGUUUGCGUCUCAACUGCUACUAUGCAUGGCUUUCGGUGGAUGGCUCAAUGCUGUUAUGAAAUGGUGGUUAUUGGAAGACCGUCCAUACUGGUGGGUGCGUGAGACUAGUUUCUAUGCAGGUGAGCGGCGGCCGCAGCUGCGACAAUUUCGUCAAACAUGCGAGACUGGCCCAGGAUGCCCCUCAGGACACACUGCCGCAGCCGCCAUGCUACUGGUGCUAGUGCUCAUGUGGAUCUCGCAUGUUAUGCAUGACAGAAAGUUCUAUGUGUGGUGGUGGAAGUACGUGGUGUACCCUGUGUUUGCGGCCGCGCUCGGCUCCGUCAUGCUUGCUAGGAUGUUUGUUGCAACACACUUUCCUCACCAGUGCAUGCUGGGCGCUUUAGUUGGUUCGUUCCUAGCCCCGGCGCUCUGUAUCUACGUGUCAGACCCGUUCAUCUGGCGCUACGGGUACCACACGCGGUACGAGCCGGGCCGUGCGGUGGCGUGGCACACUUUCUCCGCCAUCACCACGAUAGCCAUCGCGUUCGUCACCUACUUCAGUCUGUCACUGUGUGGCUGGGACCCGCAGUGGACUGUCAAACUGGCGUUCCGUUGGUGCGAGAACCCUGAAGAGAUCCACGUGAGCACCACCCCGGUGUUCGCGCUGGUGCAGUCCACCGCGUACUUGCUCGGCUGGGCGCUCACAGUCACGCCCGCUGUUGCACAGUAUCGCCACUACACAAAGAACCGGUCCAUCAUCAUAACAGCAUUUACCACCGCCAUCAUCAUGUACGCCUACGCGUACAUACAGGAUAGCAUCUGCAAAAACAACGCGUUGCGUUUCUACUUGAUACAAUUUGUUUUAGCUGCCUUAAAACCCCUUUUGUUCUUGAGAGUUGCACCGGCUGUAUCUAUGUGGCCAUUUACUGGAAAAGAAAAAGUUGAAUAAAAUAGUUGUACUUUACAUUAAAUCCCAAAGAUGUAAGAGUUAGCUGGAGGAUAAAGGUAGUGAAUGCAAAAUUUGGUUACAAUAAAAAUUCGAUCUUACGAUAUUUGGAAUAUGUUUAAUAUUAGAAUAAAAGAAUGAGUCGCUUAACAGAUUAAUGAGACAGAGACCGGUAUUCGCAAACAAUAUCGUGAGGACUCAUAGUGCGUCGCGUUGUGUCGGCAAUUACAUAGUAUUCAUGGGCUUCACUUCUGUUGGCUAUCAGAUAAAUAAACUAGUAGUAGAAGUAAAGUAUCAAUAUUAACCAAUCACAGCGCUUCGUUUUCCCCAUGCCUUCAUACUGCUAAAGUUUUCAUCUCAGAAGCACUGCGCAACAGAUUUUUAACACAGCAUUGCUCUGUGUUUACCUAAUUAAUGUUUGUGAAUAUGGGCACUGUUUAAAUUAUAAAAUCUCAUUACCGUCACUGCUAGUCUGCGUUAAAUCUUAAGAUAAUUGGUGCGUACCAAUUAUCUUAGCAAAUAAGUAGAUUUGGGAUGCCCUAUAUCUACAUAUUUGCUAAUAAAAAAACCGGCUUAGGAUUAAAAUGCGUUCCUAUGUGUUUUUUAUUUGUUUUGGACUCUGCUAUUCAAAAUUUAUGUAACUAUAAAAUGUUUUUGGAGGCGUUGUAGACGGCAUACAAAACGUGACUAUUCUACUAUAUAUUUUACUAUAGUAAAAAUAUCACUAUCCACUACAAUAAAAAAAGGAAAUACAAUGAAAUAUUUCAUUAAAACAUUGUACUGUGAAAACAUUCUGUAUAAUACAUUUUUACUUCGUUAUAUGUUAGGUAAAUAUAAAUAAUCGGGUAUUGAUAUUAGUUUCAAAUUACGGUAACAAGGUUUGUUUUUAUUGCCCUUAAAAAGUAAAAAUCGAUGAGCAACUAUUUAUAUUUUAUUAGUUUAGUUUUGCUUCAUACAAGCAAUAAAUAUAGUUAACAAUUAUAUUACAGCUAAUAGAUAAUAGAUAAAUGCCCGGAGUCUGGAAUUUGUGCCCGAUAUGGCGAUAGGCUCGCCCCCUAUCACAUCAUGGGACGGAAAAUACUUGGCGAAAAGUGGGUGCCCUAGUUGCGCCUCUGCAUACCCCUUCGGGGAUAAAUGCGUGAUGUUAUGUUUUAUAAUAGAUAAUUCGAAGUUUAUUAUGAAAAGAAAUGAUUCUCUGCUAUUAGCAGAGUUUCCUAGCUUUCAGAAAGCACUUUUAUUUUUAGUAGAAGCAGAAGUUUGUAUUAUUUCAAGCUAUUUUACCCAAAAAGUGAAAAUUAGAAUAACUAACUUGACUAAGCAUAAAAUAAAUAAUAAUCAUUUGUUUUAUGCUUAGUUAAGCUCUAUACCAAAUGUAUAAUCUAAAGCACUCAAAGUGUUUUAUUCAUAUAAGUUGCUAUUAACGUUAUGGUAUUUAUAAUUUUUUUUUUAUUUAAGUUUGACACAAUACAAAUUAAUCAGUAUUUUCAGUUGUUUUUGUGUUUAACAAUUAGAAAUGACUGGUUAUUUUUAUUCUAGUGCAAGAAUUAUAAGCACACAACUCUAAACACAGUAUCUGUCUAUGAGAUACACUAAAAUAAGCCAUAUGCAUAGUGCAUUUUUACAGGAAAAAAAAUGUUUUUAAACAUUUCAUUAAACACAAUUUAUUUAGCUAUAUAAAAAAAAUCUACUAACACAAAAAAAGAAAUGAAAAAUUUCGAAAGUUAUAAAUAUGAAACUGCACACCAUAAUAAAGUUCUGGCAAAAUAUAUUUUUAAACAGUUUAUGUUUUAAUAUUUUUCUCAUUUUCUUUGCAAUGUUUCAUUAUUCCUCUCUCGAUGACCUGUGUUUAAUCAAUUAUAUACAGUCAAUAUCAAAAUAAUGUAUCCGUGGAUAAAGACGAAAUGUAUGAAAUACAAACUAAUUCAUGUAGAUGGCUCCGUUUCAAUGUUUACUCACAUUAAUUUGCGGCUGACUGUACUCUGCAAUAAAGCUAACAAUAUUAUGUAUUUUGACGAACUAUCAUAGUUACCACUUCAACGUUUAACUGUACACAAUAAUUUAUAUAAUUUCUGUGAUAUUUACGUUAAAUAUGUCAAUUAAAUAUAUUUAUUUGAA